UAUCGACAAUUCAAGAAGAAAAAGAAGAAACGAAACCUUUAUCAGUAGACGAACAGCAAGUCCUACCGAUCAAUGAAGAACGAGAUGAAGAAACAAAAACGGUAUCUACAGAAGAACGUCAAAUUUCGUCAAUAUCGACGGAGCAGAAGGAAGACGAAACAAAAGCUUUAUCCACAGAUGAAUCUCGACGAAUGAGAUGA